UUUUUUCUUAUUUUAACAUAGAGAAAGGUCAUCCAAGAUUGUAAAUCGUUCACAGCUAUAAAGAUUAAUUGCCCUGUUGCAAGGAUUAAACUGACUGGAAUGUACAAGGACCAGCCAGUCAGAGAUAACUCAAUAGUAAAUAUUUGAAUCUACCUUGGAUCCUGCCACAAAACUGCAGUCUCUACUGCCUUGAGCAGCCUAGCCUCCUGCUUCAAGCAUUCCACUGAAAGUACAGGAGACCUAGGCAAGCCCACACAGAGCUCACAGGUGGAGCUGAGCACAGUCAGGAAUGUGCGAUGUGCAGACCAGCAUUACAGAACAGGAUCCUCAUUUGCUUGACUGAUAGAUGCAGGAGGUGAAAGUGAUCCAACUUUUGGAGCUGACAGCUAAAAAACCUCCAGCAGGAACUUCCAUUUCCCUGAAAGUUACAGCCACGUGCUGCACCGGGAUUGACCAACCAACAUGAGGGAGGGUGAGUGAAUCUCUGAGAAUAGAAGCAGCUGUUGAAACAAAGCAGGAAGAUAAAUUCCAAUAAGUGCACACAGCCCUGUGAAGAUGAGUUUGGGGACUAGAGAUCAAUGAUAUGGGAGGAAAACUCCUGUUUGCAUCUUUACUACUGCUGGCACUCAGACUGACAGCAACUGGUUUCUUUUUGAGCAGGAGAAAAAGCUCAGAGAGCAAGAGAUCUGCUUGGCAUGUUUUGAAAUUAGGGGGGAAAGUCUGCUUUCUUUUUACAUUUCCAAAAUUAAAAAAAAAAUUCUCUUUGGGCAUUUUGCAAAGGGAACUUGUGUCAGCACAGGAGCUGUCUGUUGAAACCAGUAGAUUACACUGUUAUUCUUUCCCUCUCUGUCUUGCUGUCACUCUGAAACUGUGACUAUAGGAAGAUGGUGCAGAAAAGGUUUCUAUGCUUCACAGACUUUUUUGGUGCCCUGGGUAUCCAGCCAUGGUCUGAACAGAUGCUCCUUCCUUUCAGUGCUCCUUCCUCAUGGAAAUGAGGACACGUGGUAGGGAUGAGUUUGUCUCUCACCUGAGUCCCAGGCCAGCCAAAGCACAGAAGGAAUAGAGCUGGACUGUAAAAUGGAUUUAGAAUUCAAAGACCGUAACAACAGCACACAUACCAAGAACACCUCUUCUGCAACAAAGAAUUUUUCUGCCUGGGAAGACUAUAAGAGUAGUGUUGAUGACAUGCAGUACUUUCUUAUUGGGCUGUACACACUAAUAAGUCUGGCUGGCUUUGUGGGAAAUCUCCUUAUACUAAUGGCCCUACUAAAGUGCAAGCAGAAGACAGUAAUAAACAUUCUCAUUGGAAACUUGGCCUUUUCUGACAUCUUGGUUGUGCUGUUUUGUUCACCUUUCACGCUGACAUCCGUCCUGCUUGACCAAUGGAUGUUUGGCACUGUCAUGUGCCAUGUAAUGCCCUUCCUCCAGUGUGCCUCAGUCCUAGUUUCAACUUUGAUGCUAAUAUCUAUUGCUGCAGUCAGGUACCGCAUGAUAAAGUAUCCCCUCUCCAACAAUCUCACAGCAAAACAAGGCUAUUUCUUAAUAGUGAUCAUUUGGGCCUUUGGCUUCACAAUUUGCUCCCCUCUGCCAGUUUUCCAUAAAACCGUGGACCUCAGCAAAACUCUGAAUUUAGAGGGACUGGAGAACAGGCUGCUGUGCAUCGAGUCAUGGCCUUCUGAUUCCUACAGGAUCGCCUUCACGAUAGCCUUGCUGUUCAUGCAGUACAUCCUGCCGCUGGCGUGCCUGACCGCCAGUCACACCAGCGUCUGCAGGAGCAUAGGUGCUAGGCUGUCAAGCAAGGAAAACAAGUUUGAAGAAAAGGAGAUGAUAAACCUAACUCUUCAUCCCUCUAAGAGCACUGGCACGCAGGUUCAACCCUCCAGAUAUUCCCGGUGGAACUGUGCCUUUGGCAGAAGGCACCACAGAAGAUACAGUAGAAAGACUUCAAGUGUGAUGCCAGCUAUUUCAAGGCAUCAUCAGGAUACUCAUUCCAGAGAUGUCCCAGAAACCUCUGAAACAGAAAAAAGCCAGCUCUUUUCCUCCAGUAAAUUCAUCCCUGGGAUCCCUAUCUGUUUUGAAAUGAAACCAGAAGAAAAUACAGAGAUCCGGAACAUGAUUACAGUAUCCCAGUCCAUCAUCAGAAUUAAGACAAGAUCGAGGAGGGUUUUUUGCAGACUGACAGUGCUAAUACUAGUUUUUGGCUUCAGCUGGAUGCCUCUUCACCUUUUCCACAUUGUCACAGAUUUUAACGCCACACUCAUUUCCAACAGGCACUUUAAAUUAGUAUAUUGCAUAUGCCAUUUGUUGGGUAUGAUGUCCUGCUGCUUGAAUCCCAUUCUCUAUGGGUUUCUUAACAACAGCAUAAAAGCUGAUUUAAUGUCCCUUAUUCCGUGCUGCCAAAUACCAUGAUUUUAUGUGCCCCAAGAUAAAGUAAAACAAACAAGUAUGGCUUUCAAGCCUAGUGGUGUGUAUAGCUGUAAAAGCUAAAUUAGUUUAGUUUAGUUUAGUUAGUGUGACUUGGUUGUGAUUAGUAGCAUUUUUUUGUGGAUGGAUAGUUCUAUGGCUUCUUGUAUUUCUUGCAUUGGGCAGAAAUAUAUGCAUAUGUUAUCAUAUUCUUUUAUCUGUUACAUGUAGGAAAUCAUGCCCAGUGUACAAAACCAGAAUACCAUUUUCAUUACCCAAAUUGUUGGCAACCUGUACUUUCGAAUUAUACAGAAUAUGUAAUGAGUAAUAAAUGUGAGACAGACUACUUAGACAUAUCAGUAUUAACUGUCAGAAAACUAUAAUAAAAUACAUAUCAUUUACUAAAUAA